AUGAGUUCCUAUUUUGUCAAUUCAACUUUCCCCGUGUCUCUACCGGGAGGACAGGACUCUCUCCUGGGCCAGAUCCCCUUGUACUCGUCGGGAUACAGCGACCCGUUAAGGCACUACUCCGGCGCGGCCACCUAUGGAGGCGCCGCCGUCCAGGACAAGGUCUACCCGGCCUCCUACUACCAGCAGACGGCCAUCUACGGGCGGGCCGGCGGCGGAGCUCCGUGCGACUACACCGCGGCGGGGAGCUUCUACAAGGACGCCGAGGGAUCGUGCGCCUUCUCCAGCCGCGGCGACGAGCCGCCGCUCUUUGGCGCGCAGGAGCACGCACAGCGCAAAGCCGAGUGCGCGGAGCAGAGCGCGGGCAUGAGCUUGGAGGACAAGUCCUCGGCGCUCAUCUACCCUUGGAUGCAGAGGAUGAACGCCUGCUCGGCCGGCCCGUUCGGCAACAGCGGCCGCAGGGGCCGCCAGACGUACACUCGCUACCAGACGCUGGAGCUGGAGAAGGAGUUCCACUUUAACCGCUACCUGACCCGCAGGCGCCGGAUAGAGAUCUCGCACGCCCUGUGCCUGACCGAGAGACAGAUCAAAAUCUGGUUCCAGAACCGCAGGAUGAAGUGGAAAAAGGAGAACAAGCUGCUGAACCCUCCAAAGACGCCCGAGGAAGAAGAGGAGGCGGAGAAGAAGAGUUAAGGGACAGUGGGAGAAGAUGUACAAAGUGGUUGUAGAUACGGUGUAGUUAGAGCUGCUUCCGGUGUGUGUGUGUGUGCACGGUGACACAAAAAAGUGUGCUUUAGAACCUUCUCUGUGCUGUGUCUUUA